UGGAGUUUUUUUUCAUUGCGGUGGCGGUCACAAUUUUCGUUAUCCCUUUUUCCUACUAUGCAUUCUCUUCUUCAAUCUUCCCUAAUCCCAAAUCUCGUUCAAGAAACCGGCGGCCGCCUGAAGCCGGCGGCGCGUGGCCCAUCACGGGCCAUCUCCACAUCAUGAGAAACCAAUCCCCCGACAAGCUGGCGCACAUCACCUUAACCGCCAUGGCCGACAACUACGGCUCCAUCUUCAGCAUCCGGCUCGGCUCCCGGCGAGCCCUCAUCGUGAGCAGCCGGGAAUUGGCCAAGGAAAUAUACACCACCUCCGACACGCCGGCGGCUUCCCGACCAAUAUUUAAGUCGGCGGAACUCAUCAGCUACGGCUCGGCUAUGUUCGGGUUCAGCAAGUACGGACAGUAUUGGCGCGAGCUGAGGAAGCUGAUCUCAGUCGAGCUCCUAUCCAUCCGCCGGCUGCACGUGCAGAGGCACGUGCUCGCCUCCGAGACCGGGCAGUCUGUCAGAGAAUUGUACGAUCUCUGGGACGAGAGGAAGAACGCGUCGGGAAGUGCUCCGGUGGAGAUGAUCGAGUGGUUUGGGAAUCUGAAUCUGAACACAGUUUUAAGGUUGGUGGUCGGGAAAAGAUAUGCCGUCUCCGGUGCUGACGUGGCCGACGCGAAGCAUUGCCGGUAGGUCAUGAAGGCGUUCUUUGAGCUUAUCGGAACUCCAACGAUCGGCGACGUCGUGCCGUUUCUCCGGUGGCUCGACAUUGGCGGAUUCGAGAAGAAGAUGAAGCAAUCGUUCCACGAAAUGGAUGCUCUCCUCUCUAAAUGGUUGUCGGAACAUCGCGCCGGCGCCGGCGCCGGCAAGCAAGAUGACUUCAUGGAUAUAAUGAUUGGAGCCGUCAAAAGUGCAAAGCUUGGAAACGAGUACGAUGAAGACACCAUAAUCAAAGUCACUUGUUCGAAUUUGAUUUCGGGGAGUGAUACGAACACAGUGAUGUUAGUAUGGCUGCUGACCCAUUUACUCAACAACCCUAAAGUGCUAAACUAAACAAAGCCCAGCAAGAGCUCGACGAGAAAGUCGGGAGAGAUCGGCGGGUGGAGCCGUCGGACAUAGACAACCUCGUAUACCUCGAAGCUGUGGUGAAAGAGUGUCUCCGGCUGUACCCGGCGGGGCCGUUGAGUGGGAUUCGGGAAUUCAAUGAGGACUGCAACGUGGGAGGCUACGGAAUAGAGAAAGGUACGAUAUUCUUCGUCAACAUAUGGAAGUUGCAGAGGGAUCCCCAGAUUUGGGAGGAUCCCGACAAGUUCUUGCCGGAGAGGUUUCUUGGCACCGCCAGCAGCCAUAAAGAUUUCCAGUGGCCGUAGAAUCUGUCCCGGAGCGAAUUUGGCGAUGGAGAUGAUGAAGCUGGUGAUGGCGAAUUUGGUGCAAUCAUUUGACAUAUCGACGCCGGACGAUGAACCCGUAGACAUGACUGCAACUCUUGGUGUGACCUUGUCCAAAGCCACUCCAUUAAAUGUUGUUGUUGCCCCUCGACUGUCUGCUUCUCUUUAUAACUAAUUACAAAGCAUUUUUAAAUUAAUAGUAACUGUUACCAAGAUAAAAAUUCCUAAAAGAAAGAAAAGUAACGUAAAUUUUAAUGUCAAUAAAAUAGUGGGUGUUCCUGGAGAUAAAAUUCCUAAGUCUAUACAUGUAUGUCUUGAAAUAGUGCAGUUUCUAGCUUUUUAUAUCAUGAAAUUGAGUAAUUCAAAAAGUGUGU